AUGGAUAUGAACGUAGGUGAUUUCAAGAACCAGUAUGAACCAAAACACGCGACACCACCAAAAGCUAUUGGUGUUAUAGGAAUUGGUGUGAUGAGCGGAGAAUUGGUGAAAAAUUUAAUCAAAUCUGGUUACAACGUCAACAUUUGGAGCCGGAAUGGGCAAAAGUGUGAGUUCUUGCAUACAAACUUAGGACACAAUAUGUUCGCCGGAAAGCUCAAAACGUUAUUGAGUGCCCGCGCAGUUCUGAAAAACUCUGAUAUAGUAUUCAACUGUGUGUCGGACCAUAUUGUUUCGAAGAAAAUCAUCAGGACUAAUUUUGGGUUGAACAAUGCUUCGGAUACCAUACUUCAAGGUAAAGGAUUCAUCGAGAUGACUCCGAUAGAGCCGACAGCCUCACUGGAAAUCAAAGAAAUGAUUGAAAUGAAGGGAGGAAAGUACCUUGAGGCCCAGGCACAGACUAACAAACUGGGUGGCAUUUUAAUUCUCACUGGUGGAAAUAAAUCACUGUUUGAUACAUGUAACUCUUGUUUCGAGGCUAUAGGAUAUGAUGCUCUUUAUUAUGGUGAAGUUGGGCAUGCAACAAUAAUCAAUUUGAUUAUUCAACAAUUGAAAGCAGUAUGCAUUGCUGCUUUAUCUGAAGGCUUUGCAUUUGCCCAUGAGUGUGGAAUAAAAGAAGAAGAUUUUCUCCAAAUUAUGGAGUCCAUAACAGACACCCAAAGUAAAUACCUUAUGGACAAGGCCAACAUGAUAGUGAAAAAAUCUUACACCAACGUGCAACAAUCUUUGAGUAACAUGCAUAAGCAAUUGACAGUAGCAUCAGAUGUAUCAAGAGAAGUUGUACAACCAAUGUUUUUGGCCUCUUCUUUAAGCGAAAUCAUGAAGAGCUGUCAAAGAACUGGGUAUGGAAAUCAUGAUGUGUCUGCUAUUCGCCAGUACUAUCAUUGA